CUAUAAUUCUCUCCAAAAAAUACAUAGCUAUAUUUUAUACUAGUUUUAAAUAUUGAGAAUUUAUUCAAUGGAUAUGAUGAGGGCUAAUUUUGUUUUGAUUAUGUCAAUGAUCAUGCUUAGUUUUUCAUUGUCAUAUGGUUACAAAUUUAACGUUGGUGGCAACGAUGGUUGGGCAGUGAAACCUUCAAAAUGGUAUGGUCAAUGGGCUGAGAAUAAUAGGUUCCUAAUCAACGAUACACUUUAUUUUAAGUAUACCAAGGGAUCUGAUUCAGUGUUGGUGGUAAGCAAAAAAGACUACUACUCAUGCAACAUAGGGAAUGCGAUCCAGAAAUUGGACGGUGGAGAUUCAACUUUCACAUUUGACAAAUCAGGUCCUUUUUUCUUCAUUAGUGGAAACGUUGAAAAUUGCAAACAGGGUGAAAAAUUGAUCGUUGUUGUUUUGUCACCAAAUCAUCGUAAACAAGGUCCAUCAUCAGCACCUUCACCAUCAUGGAGUUCCCCGUCACCGGCAUCGACACCUGUAUCGAAUGCUCCUUCACCAACAUCAAGGGCUCCUACACCGGCAUUGACUCCUUCACUGACACCUAAAUCAAGUGCUCCUUCACCAACAACGAAGGCUCCUUCACCUGCAUUGACUCCAGCACGGACACCAAAAUCAAAUGCUCCUUCACCAACAUCUAAGGCUCCUUCACCUGCAUUGACUCCAGCAUCGACACCUAAAUCAAAUGCUCCUUCACCAACAUCGAAGGCUCCUUCACCAACAUCGACUCCGGCAUCCAAUGCUCCUUCACCAACAUCAAAGACUCCUUCACCAUUAUAUACACCACCAUCGGAUGUUCCUUCACCAAAAUCUCCGGCCCCAUCUCCUGAUCAUUCGGGUUCUACUAGGUUCGGUGGUUUUGGUGUUGGAUUGGUGGUUGCCUUGAUCAUUGGAAGCUUUGCUAUUUAAAAUGUUAAUUAUGGUGCAUUCAUACAAAUCUAAUUCUUAUUUUGUGUUUCUAAGUUGAAUUCUGCCGGCUGUAUUUUGUUUAGUUUGUGGUUUGAACUUUACUAUAAUUUGUGUUUGAAUU